CGCUUUUGCAGCGGAAAGUGAAAGCAAAAAUUGAUGACGAAACUCUCAAAUUCAUACGCCAGAGAAGACCGCGCUUACAAUGCAGACGAAGAGGCACAGAUAUGGAAGGAGGACUUCGCCACAGAAGAGUCGGGAGUUCAGACACGAGACGCAUGAGCCGCGAGCCCAGGGACUACUCUGGCAGUGAAGAUGAAGGAGUAGGCAUCAUAGAGUUCUCUCCGGAAGCAGCAACAGAGGAAGUGACAGAGGAAGAUUUUCAAAAAGACGCGGUCACCCGUAAAACAAGCGAAAAACUCAGACGUGACAAGUCACGUGAUCGUCGAAAACCUCCUCCUAAGGCCCCGCUACUUCCGGUUCAGAAGGACCCCACGUCUGAGAGCCUGACGGCACAUCAAGGGUUAUCUCCCAUCGCUUCCAGCGGAACCACGUACACCCCGAAAUCGUCGUCCAGCACUGGCCAUUUCUGGAAGUUCUCAACCCUCGACUACGAGAUUCGGCAACAUCCGGAGAAGGGAAGUAUCCAGUCUCUGACGGACUUAGACAGCAGACUGGAAAGUCUUUAUGAGAGAAUGAACAAGUUUGAGAAAGAGUUAUUUGACAAUGUGGACUCCAUUCUUAGCAUACUCGGCCAAAAGCCCAAGGUGACAAGGGAAGCGACUGACACAGUUGCAUACCCAGGUGCCAGAGGAGAUCCAACUCGACCAGCGGGGCCAGAACUCUCUAAAUCAUUCAGCGAAACUGAAUGCACCGCGAAAAGCUUGAAAGAAUAAUAAAGUCCGGUCCAAGACACUUUAUAAUACUGAACACUUAAUUUAUUAAAUAUUUAUUGACUAUUUUGCAUAACUGAUUUAUUACUUAGAUAUGGUAUUGUUACCAAGGGUCCAUUUUUACGUUUUACCCCAUUUUUUAGUAGUUGAAUCUCAUGAGUGAUUGAAUUUCACUUGUUAGCCUGUACAUAAAUCGCGUUUAGUUAAUUUGAAUAUAACUGUAGUUGAAUGCAACUUCAGCACAUUUUUCUGCAAAACAGGGUCAUUUCGACAAGGAUAAGCACUGAACAGUCAAGCAAUAGUGUUCGAGAUAUCUAAUCACUUUAUCCUACUAAAUUAUGUUAUACUCCGCAGUAAUGACAGGUUUUGUGGGGUCAGUUUUGUGUAUUCAAGUCAAACUCCCAAGUAUUAAUUCCGUUUUCUUAUAUAGAAUGAAGCGGAGGUUGUUUUUUUUUUUAAUUUUGAGAAUGUAAGCGUUGUGAACAGACCUUAGAAAGAUGACCAAGUGAACAUGAAACCACAAUCAAAAUAAAAACCGUAUUCUUACUUUGACAUUACUUCAAAAUAAUGUGUUUAUUCCACAACUUGUUGUGUGCUUUUCAGGAAGAUAAAGACAUCCAAAGCACUCAUAUAUUUUGCCAACUGCCCCAUAGAAGUAGUGUUACAUAACUGCUGUCGGCAGUCUCAGACUGUAUACUCACACCUGUCAGGUACAAACAACACUUCUGUGGAGGUGAUGUAAAGUCAGUGUAACGAACGGGUAUGUGAGUCUUUUGAGAAGAAUGUCUUGAGGUAACCAUAUCACGUUUCAGUUUUUUCUGAUAAUAGACUACUGAACGUAGCUUAAUAUUGUAAGACUGAAAUAUUGAGAUGGGACAACACACUUUAAGAUAAAAGCAAAAUGAGAUAACAUGGCUUGGACAAAACACACUUUGCAAUCAGUCCAGAAACCUCCAUAGCGUUAGGUGUAGGAAUACGUCAAAGGCACUCUUUCUCGCGUGCUCUAGCAUCCGUUUGGAAGUGAUGUGACAAUGUGUGGGAAUAAUCUAGCUAGGGAUGUUGUUUACUAACCUUUGUUUAAUUCCUUUGCUUUUGUAUGAAAAGCAAUCGUUUUGCGAGUGUGUAAUCACGUGACCAUGACGUCACACAGUAAUCGUUUGUACAAGCAGCGGUUGAAUUUAGUAAUAAUCAUCAACAUCCCUAAACAUCUCGACAAUAAUGUCUUCUCUUCUAUCUACUGACAACGCCAGUGUAAAUAUCUGGUCGCCAUGGCUACCAGGUGUGGUCACCACACUGUCCAGACGUGUUCUGAAGACGUCCUUUUGCUGUCUUGAAAUCCGAUCCAUGAACACAAGGGCCUCUCGCGGCUCUGGUCCAGUUUGGCGAGUUGUGGGAACAUGCAAGCGAGCGAGGUUCAAGAUUCGCUUCUCUUCGUUGCAAGUUCUGAGUGGGUAUGCCCCACCUCCAGUCAUUAAUAACAUUACUAACUACACUUUUGCACUGAGCUGACUUCCACCGCCACGUGUACAGAGCACUGUCAUUGUCGAUCUGAAAAUACAGGAGUUUGGACCUAAACCAACAACUCGAUAUGCAUCAGAAGGGAAACAAAUCCCUGUAUAGCAUCAUCCUUAUAGUGUACACGAUGUGUAUGGCUGUACGUGUGACUUUCGUGGCGGUUUCGGCGUGUAUACUGCUGUUUCAGGACAAAAACAUGUACUGGAAUCCAUUCCCUGUUGUUUCGGUUUGCUGUCGUAAAAAGUAUGUUUUUUUGUUCACCUGUACUGUUAAAGUUUAUUACUUGUAUAAAUAAUUGCGUUUACUGACAAUCACAAUAAAUAAGCUUGUGUACGUUGAAGAACGUAGUAAAAGUGACAAAUGUUUCUUGUCUUUCUCCAGACCCUACUUCCGACCCUGCUGGCUUCAGUUGCCUUCAAGUUUUCCUCAUUUUGGGUUUUAUCCAAAGCUGUAGGAAAUGUUCUUAAUCGAGUCUUCUUAUUUUUAGAGGAUUUGUCCAAACCUAUACGUUCAUCAAAAAAUGUAAACAAAAGUCCCAAGAUUAUAAAAAUAUAGUUUUUAACCAUUUUAAGUACAGCUUAGCCUUGGUUGCAACAGAAUAAUUAAGAAAGAUAUUUAAAUCUUGGCUAAGUGAAUAGUUACUGUCCGAAGUUCUACCAAAAUUGAUGUAGUUUAUUUAAGUAAUUAAGCUUCAAAAGUGUCGUUUUCGCAAAUGUCGCUUCCUUUUUUCUGUCCCAUUUUUCUAAAACAUUAAAUGUCCUUCCAUUGAGCCUGUGACAAGCUACAGCACUUUAGUCUGUUUGCCAUUUAGUGUAUCGUUUAAUGUCCGUAUGCUAUUUACUGUAAAGUUCUGUACACCAUUUUAAUUGUAAUUUGUGUGUAAUACUGGGUGAUGUGUCAUUUCACAUUAUUUUGUGAUGAUUUUGAGAACAGUCUGAUUCUGUACCAUGUCUCACACAGAUGUCUUCUGCAUUGCUUGGCACUGCUAUUUUGCAUAGAGAAGGCUUGUUUAGUCUGCUACUCGACUUCUGUUCCUGGAUGUAGAAUUACUUGUACAUUUCAUGCCUUAACUUGAGUGUCUCUAUGAAUCGAUGUUUUGCCGACAUGUAUUUUUUUCUUUUUUUGUCCUAAACUGCCGCCCUCGCCGAUGUUAGCUUCGAAUAUUUUGCUGUGACGGUUACGAGGUGGAAAGGAGGGAAAGGGGGAAUGUUUUUGGUUGAGCAUGUAACUGUUGACAUGCUCCUCUUGGCAUCGUUUCCAUAGCUACAGUCUGUGGGGGAGGGGUGUCAUAGAAAAAUUCGUCGAAAUUAACAGCCGAGUGUUCAAAACACCGGGGAGGCACGGGCACAGAGUGGCGAAACUUCCUUCCACCAUGUUGACCAGAUGCCUUUUGGUCGAAGCACUCCAUCUCAGCCUCAACAACAAUUUACAACAGUCAACGAGGGAGAGGAGAUGAUCACCGCCCUCACAAAAAAACAUUUAAAAGUGUGGACUUCGAUCCUUAGCUCCUCACCCACUUUUAUCUUUUAAUCGUGGAAAGUUCAAGUCUGAAUGCAGACAGAAUUAAGCAAUAUUCUAAUUGCGGAUAUAGUUCAGCAAGAUACAGUAUAAAUCCGUUUUCUCGUUAGAGGACAAAAACUGAAUAAGGAAAAACAAAACUCGUGCUAUCUCGGGUAGCUUCAAUCCUGUACACAACUUACGUCAGCAGAGCAGAAUAUAACCGAAAAAAUAACGUCCAAAAAAUAUUGUAUCUACCUGUCUCACCUUGGAUGGUUAGAAGAGUCAUUAAUCAUUCCAUGAGAGCAACUUUUUUUUUAACAGAAAUCGAAACUAUUUUAAUUGCUCAACUUCCACGCACAAACGGAUGGUUUGCAAGGGAAACUACCUUCAGUAAUUAAUCCUCGUCCAGAUCGAGUUGUAGCCCUUGAUUGAUAGCACAAAUCUACGUGUUGGAGUAUUUCUCUUCAAAUUUGCCGAAGUGAAUUUCAACAGCCCUAGGUUCGUCCCGUAAAUAUGUUGGGUUUUUAUGUGGGCUUGUUGUUUACUGUAUUUGUGUUGUUAGAAACUUCUUCUCACAGUAUCUGGUAGACGCUAUACCACGAACUUUUAUUACACGUCCGUGGUUAUACACACCACGUGACUGCUAUUCGAAUAGAUCUGUGGCUGGCUGGAAGGUGAGCGCAAGCAAUAUAUGGAAUACUAACGGCAGCUUGUAAUAGUUUCCGCUUUGUCACGAAUGGUAACCAGUACAUUGUUUACAUUGUUUACUCUCAAAGUACAUGACAACAUACCUACAGGACGCUUGGUGCCAGCUCUGCCACCUGGCUGCCCAAAGAACCUGUCUCUGACAUUCGCUGCCAACACCUCUUUCGUUGAAAUAUUCCGAAGUUUACAUGUACCAUAAUCUUUUGCGAAGCCGCUCCAACCCCUUCAACGAAAUGUGAGAGGCUUGGAUCGAAGGUUUAUAAAGCAAACAGUGAUUUAUUGUGGCCAAAGGUAGGUUCUUUAUCUCCAUGUAGCACGAUUGAGCCCCUGAGGCACAUACCAUGACAUGAUGCGUGUCAUAAUGUAAUAAAGUACAGCAUGUCAUGACAAAUGUUGAUGCAUG